AACUACAUUUUGGUAUGAUUCUAUGGACGGUGGUCUAAUUUAGCAACAAUGAAACAACUUCGCGUUUCCAACAUACCAUUGUUGGUAUAUGGUGUUACCAUCUUUACCAUAUAUAGCAGCAUGCCACGAUGGUUAGCCGGUGCAGUAAACCCACCAUCACUUCCUUCUUUAAGGGAUGACAAAAGUUUUGUAAAAGAUGAAACAUAUUUGGCACCAGGUGCUCAUUUAAGUUUUGUAUGUGGAUCAGGUAAAGAUCCCGAAGGUGCGUAUACAAUGUAUCCCAGCAAUCCGCAAGAGCGAUUAUUGUUGCCCAUUGAGGACGAAGAUUUUGAAUCUGCUGUUCUGAAAGAGGUUGCUUUACGGGAUAGAUUUCGAAGUGAUGGGUUAACUAUAAAGUUUUCCAGAGGUGGCCAUGAAGAUAAUUAUAUAAAUAUACAUUACGGUAUAAAUGGAGUUCUGUUGGCCAAAGAUCCUGAAAACUUUAGUCUCAACCUUGCUUGUAAAUAUAUGCCAAGGAAUAAAAAUGAGAAACCAUUUUACCGGUGGUUGAAAGUAAGAUUUGACGCUCUAUACCCUAUGGCAUAUGGUUGUGAGACAGGAAAUAAUAUGUUGUUUAAAAACACAGCACCAUUUGUACCAGGGUUUAAAGUUUCAGACGUUGACAGAGUUGAUUGUUCAUUAACCUUGGAACCUGGUAUGAUUUUUGGUAUAUAUUGUAAACCGGGGGAGCAAUUAAUGCCUGAUCACUGUUUUCCCGGGAAAAGAUUGCAAGAGUUGAAUGGUGACAUUACACCUUAUGCAAAUGAAACCGAAUUUUACGAUAGUCGUAGGAAGAUAAAUUCUAGGUUUCAACUAUUUGUAGUGUCAGAUAAGGGAGUCAGAACACAUUUCUAUCACCAUUGUUACUGCCAAGGUCCACAAGGAUCUACAAAAGUACUCAGCAUAGUGAACCAUAUCCAUAGUCAUAUCCUGCCGCAGGAAUAUAUGGCGCAACAUGUAACUCAUCCACAGGAAACAAGGUACGUCGUCUACAACUUAUAUCCAGGGAUGAUGUACCACGUUGUUGCACCUUGGCGUGAUUGGCUUGAUGUUGGACUGUUAGGGAAAGUCAGACAGAGGAUGGUACCUACUAAUUUUCAAAAAAUAUACACGGGGAAUCCUUAUAGGUAUAAUGACGCUUUACAUUUCAAUGAUAUCUUUGGAUCAAAGCACUUCGACGUAUUGACUAAAGUCAUGGGUCCUGAUAGAAUUCGUAGUCUCAUUUACCGAAGCAACGGUAUCGUGGUUCUUAAGGUAGACACUCCUCUCUUAUAUUAUGAUUGGGUUCUUAAACGUCACCAUGGCGUUCGGGUAGACGCUAACAUGAGACUCCUAUUUUACCUCAUGCCAACAGAUCCCUACACCUAUGGUUGUGGAGUGGAAAGCACCGACCUGUUCAGGACUGAUGGCUUCCAAAUAUCUAAGCAAGAGGAACACGUUAGCAUUACAAAAUGCAAGAUCAAUCCUUAUUUAACUAGUCCUGUUGGAUUUUACUGCCCCAAAGAUCAUACACUGGAACCUUCCAAUUGUUUUGAAGAGAUGAUUAAUGCAACAAAUAAUGAAAAGGUAAAAUUAUCUGAUUUCGCACCUUUUGCCCGGUCGGUUGAGAGUACGAAUUUGAAGGUUGCAGACUUCCACAUGUCGCCCCGUAUGAAAAAGGACACAAAAUACACUGAUACAGAACUAAAAUGCAGCUGCAUUGACAAAGAGGGUAACACACGAGCUGUCAUUACCCUUGAUCUCCGUAACCCAAUGGACCCUGCAGUUAUUGGUGAAUACGCCUAGUAAUCUGUUUGCCGAUGCAACACGUAAUAUGUAUAAUAACAGUUUUGUAACCUAAUGUAAAAAUUUA